AUGAGCCAGGGGCAGCCGAGGCGGCCGCAGGCGCAGGGCGAGGCCCUGCCGGACCAGCCCAUCAGGUACGGCGACGUGUUCGACGUCUCGGGCGAGCUGGCCGGCCGGCCCGUGGCGCCCAUGGACGCCGCGCUGCUGCAGUCGGCGGAGCAGGCCGUGCUGGGCCAGACGAAGAAGGGCGGGCCCGCCGCCGUCCUGCAGUCGGCCGCCGCGCUCAACGCGCGGGCCGGCCACGUCGGGAAGGGCCAGGUCACGGGGCCCACCGCCGACGCCGGCGCCACCGUCACCGAGGCCGAGCUCGCCGGCCGCCGCGUCGUCUCCGAGUCCGUCGGCGGGCAGGUGGUGGCGAGGUUCGUGACCCCGGCGGCGGUCGUGCUGGCGGACCCGCCGGACGCGCUGGACCAGGACGCCGUGACCAUCGGCCGCGCGCUGGAGGCCGUGGCCGCGACGGCCGGGGACAAGCCGGUGGACCAGAGCGACGCGGCGGCCGUACAGGCCGCUGAGAUGUGCGCCACGGGGGCCAGCGUCACCGCCCCCGGGGGCGUCUCCGCGGCGGCGCAGGCGGCGGCCGACCACAACGCCCGCGCCGCGCGCGACGAGGACAAGUUCAAGCUCCGCGACGUGCUCUCGGACGCGAGGGAGAAGCUGCCGGCGGACAAGGGGGCGACGGCAGUGGACGCCGAGAGGGUCGUGUCCGCUGAGAUACGGAACAAGCCGGACAUGGCGACCACGCCGAGCGGCGUCGCGGAGGCGGUGACUGCCGCGGCGAGGCUCAACCAGGAGCGCCCGUAG